CUCCUUGACGUUUUUGACAGCUCACGUAAAAGAAGAUGAAAUCUUCGAACAUAUUUUUGUGAUAGUUUUUGUAAGGAUUUUUUGGUUAAAUUAUACCAAUUCUUAUAUUAAAUCAAGAAAUACAUAUGUAUUUUCCACGGCAAGUGUAAACUACUUGCCAAAGUUUACGGAAUAUAUCAGUGAAACGUAAUUGAAAAACAGGCGGUGCAGAAGACGGCCCAGAGCGCUGUGUGCUAGCAGAGAGUGGUGUGUUGCGUGCUGUGUGCCGACUUUGCAUGCGGCUGCUGCCAGAAGAAUCUCAACCACAAGCAGCUGUCAAACGGAGGCGGAAAAUUCUCGCACAAAUUGUGGGUGAAACAACGGCAUGCACCUGCGAAUGUCAGCACCUCAAAAGUUUGUAAGGAUUCAAAGCUAUAAUUUGGUUGGCACUACCUUUCGGUAGUGAGCAAUAUCGCCCAAGCGUUUAUUUUAUUAGUGGUUUCGCAAUAUAUUAUUCUUCGCAUUGGUCCCAAAACUACUCUCCUUGAUAACAACACCAACUGCCAGCUAAAGCUGCCGCCCGAAUUGUCGCCAACAUGGAUGUUUACGAUGUUAGCGAUGAUCUUGUCAAGAAGCUGAACGAUUGGAAGCUAAUUGGCAUCAUAUCAGGCAAAUUUAAUGAACUGAAGGAGAACUAUUCAAAAGUUAACUUUGUGGAGCACGUAUUGAUCGACUUUAAAUAUAUUGACAAAAUUCUAUUGAAUGCUAAACUGCGCGAGGAAAAGUGCAAUAAAAAGAGUUCCGAAUAUCGUAUGUUAGGCAAUGAGCAGUUCUCUCUUAAAAACCGCAAAUAUUUUCAGGCUUUGGAGCUAUAUAAUAAAAGCAUUUGCUACUCAGAACCUGGUUCAGAGAAUCUCUCCAUCGGAUAUGCUAAUCGUUCAGCGGUACUCUUCGAAUGGAAACGCUUUCGAGAAUGUCUGGUCAAUAUCGAAUUAGCACGUAAAGCAAGCUAUCCAGCGCGUCUAAUGCAUAAACUUGAUAAACGCGAAAAGGACUGUCGCCAAUUGCUGACUACGCAACCGCCCGAUGUGCAGCCAUUCGAUUUUCAAAUGAACUUUGAACCGCACCAUCAAGUACCCAACAUCGCCGAUUGUCUCGAAUUGCACUACACUGAGGAAGAAGGUCGGUUUAUCUCCACCAAUCGUGAUCUAGUUGUAGGCGAUCUUGUAGCCACCGAAGAACCAUUUUGCUCGACACUCUUGCCACCGAUGCGGUAUAUACGAUGUGCCACCUGCAAAGAGGAAAAUUACCUAUCACUAAUACCGUGUGAGAGUUGUUGCUCUGUGAUGUUCUGUUCGGAGGAAUGUCGCGAACGUGCUUCAGCCACUUUUCACAAAUAUGAAUGUCCUAUUAUUGAUUUGCUGCAUAAGAUGUUCAAUAAAAUCCAUGGUAUUGCGUUGCGCGUCUGUCUAUCGGCAAUCGAGCUCUUCCCAACCUUUGAAGAGCUAAUGGCCUUCUGCGAAGAUCCUGAAAAUCAAAAUAAAUCUGCAUUCGACUUGGACUAUACGAAUUUUACGCCACGCGAACACUAUCGUGCCAUACAUGGCCUAGUGACGAAUCAGCAUUUGCGUUCCGUAUCGGAUCUAUUUCAACGUUCCGUAGUAUGCGCUGUACUGAAGCAUUUUGUAAUCGAGCAUACGCCAUUGAAAGAGUUUCUCGGCGGUGAAGAGGGUGAAAAUUUCUUUACAGAACUAUUAUUCCGACACCUCCAAACAUCACCAUCCAACAUGCACGGCAUCGAUUUGGUGGAGCAAGUUAACGAGACGAAAGACGAUACAACGCAUUCGUCUGGCGCAUUCGCCUUUCUAUCGCUACUGAAUCAUUCAUGUGCGCCAAAUACACUGCGUGUAUAUCAAGGCACAAAGGCAUAUCUAUUUGUCUUCCGUCCAAUACCUGCUGGCGGCGUGCUGUACGACACCUAUGGUGCACACUUCGCUAUUUUCACAAAAGCGCAACGCAUCGAGACACUAUCUAUGCAGUAUCGUUUCACCUGUAAAUGCGAAGCCUGCGAAAAUGACUAUCCCAACUAUUGUAAACUGCAACCAAAAUUGUUUGUACCCUUUGUGAAUGACGAGACAGACAUGAAGAGUCUGGUUAAAUAUGAUUACGAUUUUGCAUUGGACAAUUAUCGUAAAUACUGUGAAUUCCUGACGCAACAUGCGAAUGCCUAUCCCUGCGCCCAAAUUAGUUCAGCCGAAGAGUGCUUGAAGAUGGCGUUACACAUACUCGUUGACGCGGUGCCGCUAAAAGCUAAAAUGUAAAAUGCUAAUUGCCACCAGAAACACACAUACACACGCGUGCACGCUACUUUCGUAUGCUAACAUUUUUUCGAAAGCAAAAAUAAAACUUCGUUUUUUUUAAGGAACCAUAUAUUUUGAACAUAAUAAUACACAUGCGCAUAAACACAGUAUAAACGAUGAUCUGUUGCCAUAAAGUAAAUCGAUGUGGCUAAAAUGGUUUGAAUAUCUCACUCAAGUGUUGGCUUUAAUAAUGUAACUUUUUUUAAGAUUUAAAACUAGGAUGAAAGUAACACAUGCUAGAAUGAGGCGAAAACUGUGGAAUACUUCACAAAUAAUUUAAUGCUCAAAGUGCAUAAGAUUGUAUAACAACCAACACCACAGUGGUGCUCAGCUGAACGCCGAUUCGGCGAAGCCUCACGAGAAUAGGCGCAUAGAAAUCAUAUCCAAUUGUAAAAAAAAACAAGAAAAACUAAAAUUUUUCACUUUCAUACCCAUAAACGUAUGUAUUUGUAUACCAUUGAAUGUAUGUAUGUGAACAACUAAAAUUUUGAUUGUCUUUAAGGUGAAAAUGUACUACUUUUUAGCGCCAGUUUACUAUUUAACGCCAACCAACACCACAAAUGUUUCAGUUAUUCUGUAGCCUACACUAGAUGAAGAUUUUUUUGCAGCCACAAAUGAGUUGAAAAAGCUUUUUGUGUAUAUUUUCUAUGCCGUUAAUUCAAAAAACCAUUGACUACUUCGCACAAGUAAAAAACAAAACGUACAUAUAUUUUCUCUUGUAUAAGAAUAAAGACUAAUAAUAUCAAGUAUUAAAGUGGGAAGAGAUUUGUGUUUGCGAAAGAAUAAAA